GGAUAAACUGCAGACUGUAAAACACGAGCUAAGCGUUCAAGUUGAUGUGCUAACUGAUAAAAAGAAGGUUAGCCAACCGGUAAGGAUAUGGAAUGAAUCCGGUCCACCGCGACUCUGUUUUGGUCUGACAGGAGGAUGAGCAGCUCAGAGGAGGUGUCCUGGAUAUCCUGGUUCUGUGGACUGAGAGGGAAUGAGUUCUUCUGUGAGGUUGAUGAGGACUACAUCCAGGACAAGUUUAACCUGACAGGUUUGAAUGAGCAAGUGCCUCACUAUCGCCAAGCUUUGGACAUGAUUCUUGACCUGGAGCCAGAUGAGGAGCUUGAAGACAACCCCAAUCAGAGUGACCUGAUAGAACAGGCGGCAGAGAUGCUUUAUGGGCUCAUACAUGCACGUUACAUCCUCACAAACAGAGGCAUUGCACAGAUGUUGGAAAAGUAUCAACAAGGGGAUUUUGGCUAUUGCCCCAGAGUCUAUUGUGAGAAUCAGCCAAUGCUUCCUAUUGGUUUGUCAGACAUCCCUGGUGAAGCAAUGGUGAAGCUUUAUUGCCCAAAGUGCAUGGAUGUUUACACCCCCAAAUCCUCCAGACACCACCACACAGAUGGAGCCUAUUUUGGGACAGGGUUCCCCCACAUGCUGUUCAUGGUGCACCCAGAGUAUCGCCCGAAGCGACCAGCCAACCAGUUUGUGCCAAGGCUAUAUGGUUUCAAAAUUCACCCAAUGGCUUAUCAACUCCAACUUCAAGCUGCAUCAAGUUUCAAGAGCCCGGUCAAGACAAUUCGCUAAAGCUCUGCUUUGAUGAACACAGUGGACUCAGAGACUUGGUUUACUACUCGUUUUAAGCAAUGGAUUAUAUGAUCCCAGUGAAUGCCUGUACAGUUCCCCAAACUCACCUCUGUGUUCAUAGACACUUUCAGAUUCAGAUUCAUUUCCUCUUUUAGUGAAACACUGCUACAGUUGAGCAGGUUAGUUUUUCUUUAUCAAACAUGUAAUUAUUCCCAAAGGGUCAAUCUCAUGAUACAGUGUUUCAUUGAUGUCAGUCCAUAUUUUCACACUUGUCUGAAACAGAAAAGUGGCUUUAACUGUGUUAAUGAAGGCUGCAGUGUGCUUUGUGGCGAUUGCAGGUGAUUGAAUGUAACAGGAAAUGUUGCCAGCAGCCCCUGUCUGGUUUGCCUUAUCUGUGAUAGUCAAUUCAUAAGUUGGAAUUAAAUUUCAUCAAAUCAUAUUAACUUUACAGAUUAUGGAACGUGCAUAUGAUUUUAUCUGAUAACAGCAAUAUGUGUCACUGUGGUCAGGUGCUAUUUCCAAGAAACAAUGAAUACCAAAUUAGAGAUCAAGAACUUAAAAAUGGACCUAUGGUUGUUUUCAGUUUUAUUAUUACACUGUUUACUUUCCUUCACAUUCAGUGGCUGUGUAUGUACUUGAUUGUUAAGGCAACUGUAACAAUAUUUUCCUGAUAAUCCUAAAUUUGUAGUUUCAUCAUGUUUACAGUAUUACAAUCUAGACAUGUGACAUUCUCAAGAGUUUGGUGUUGAUUGAACAAGCAGCAGCAACAUCUACUGUGGAACAAGUGAAUUACAUUAAAUAUUUAUAUCUUUCCAAGA